CGCGAAAAAAAAAAAAAAAAAAAAAAAAAAAAGGCGCCAAAAACUGAAGAUCAUUUUGCAUACGCUAAAUAAAAGAACUACGUACUAAUAUGGCGGACUAAAUCGAUCUGAUUUUCGGAUUUCUUACCGAAAUCUUAGCGUUCAGUAUACAAAGCCACGGUCACCACUCACCUUCUAACGAUUUAUUCCGUAGUAGAUCCUAAUUUCCGAGACUUGCCUCCAUUCUAGCCUAUCGGCAAGCCCUAUGACACUUGCAGCUCUCAGAACCAGCGAAAACGACUAGGGAAACAUUAUUGUGACUCCACCCCUGUAAACGAGGGAAAGACUUUCAUCUAUUAUAAGGUUGUAAAGUCACCGGCGCUGAAAUCAAGUUUCUUCAGUUCACAACUUACAGCGACCAUUACGUCUCGAAAUAAUAAUCUACGCGAUGACCGUCAUAGAUGCCACAAAGAGUACAAAAGACCAUGAGGCUGCUGUCCUCCGAGAGCUUAGCCCCACACCAUACGCAUGUUCUUCGAUCGAAAGGCUGAGUGGAGGGGUGAUGAAUACUACAUACAAGGGGCAUCUUCUGCGGCCGCUUUCCGAUGGUGCGACGACGAUUGUCAUCAAGAUCGGUGAGGAGGGGAGCGCCAUGUUACCCGGGGUGAAGUUCUCGACAGCAAGAUGCGUCACAGAACAGGCCAUGCUACAACAUAUGGGAGACCAGCCCCAUGUCGUUGAUCCAGAGACGCAUAUCUCUGUGCGGUCCCCCAAUCUGUACCACUACUUCUCGAAGAGCAAUACGCAGGUUAUGGAGGAUAUUAGAGAUAGCCAAUCCCUUGACGAUUUAUUGCAUUCUCCAGUCGCCGCGAAAAUGACCACGGCAACUGCGAAAGCUUUAGGGGAGAGUCUUGGCGUCUGGAUCUCAUACUUCCAUUCGACGUGUCAGAGCCGUAUCAACGCAGAAUUCUCGGAGAUCAUCAGGCGCAAUAGUGAUGAUAUAGCCCAACGCGGGGAAAUGACCAAGCGUAAAUCUUUGGACACUGCGCACCUGACAGAGCCAGCCAGAUCAUAUACGUUGAAGGAGAUAGACGUCGGCUGCACACCUGAGGACAUUGUCCUUCACGGAGAUUUCACCAUAAGAAAUGUCCUAAUCAAGGAUACAUGCCUUCAUAUCGUAGAUUGGGAAUUGUGUCGGUAUGGGGACCGCACCCAGGAUAUCUGUUCCAUGAUCUCUCAAUUGUACAUGUCCUUCCACUUCCAUAAACUAGACACCGCCAUGACGAUGCUGCAAGCGUUUCUCAGCAGAUAUAGUCCCCUGACCGAAGAGCUUGCUUACCGCAUCGUUCUUAUGACCGGAAUGUAUUUCUUCUGGGUAAGGCUUUAUAUCCCUGAACCAGAGGCGGACGUCGCGCAGCUUCUGCGACUUGCGGCAGACCUAAUUGUGAUGGGAGCCGAAAGAGAUCGCAAGAGAAUAGCUGAAACAUUCCUUGGUUGCUUAUUUACGAAUCUGUGAAUACUCUGCCAUGGCCCGUUCGAUGCAAUGAUUUUUAGUGUUUCCUUUCCUUUUCUUUUCUACAUUUCGGUUAGAUCUUUAAUGAACAUUAUGCUCUAUGUAAAUAUGAACUGUAUUCCGACUGAGGAACUGAAUCUUCAAAAGAACCUUCAGACGCGCAUUUCACUAUUUUCAAUAUUGAUACCACUGGAGUCCUGCUGGCAUCAGAUCCGAAAUCUCAUUCAAAGAGAAAAGGAAACAAGAAAAUUGACCCACCCAAAAGCUGUUGCCCGAAUAGCAUCAAGAGAUACCCAUGGUUACCGGGUUUGUUUACAGUUGCAGUUGCGGUAUAGAAGAGGACUUCGCAGGCGAUGAUGGUUGCCUAUAUCUUUCUACCUA